AUGUUUGCGGAGGGUCCUUCCUCCUGCAUCUCCUACCUUGGAAGGGUCCAAGCCGGCCAAGAGAGCCACGAGCAAGAGGUUGAGGAUGCUGGCGGAGGGCUGCAUGCUGCUCCCGGGGCUGCUGGGCUGCUGCUGCUGCUGCUGCUCUUCCUCUUCUUCCUCUUCUUCUUCUCCUCCUCCUCCUCCCUGCUCAGCCUCUCCUUCAUCAGUCACUGCAGGGACCCCUCUC